AUGGCCUUGAGGAGCUCCUCUUCUCUCCCACCUCUACUCUUUGGCCUCCUGUCAAUCCUGCUCCUCUACCACACCACCACCUCUCUCGCCAUCCGCGUGGGCAUUGUGAUCAAACCCUCUCCCAACCUCCCCGUCUUCCGCGAAGCCCCGGCCUUUCGCAAUGGAGACGAAUGUGGUUCCGAAGACCAAAAACAUAUCCAUGUAGCCAUGACCCUUGAUGCAAAUUACAUUCGUGGUACCAUGGCUGCGGUUCUAUCAAUAUUACAGCACUCCACAUGCCCUGAAAACCUCUCCUUCUAUUUCCUCUCUGCACACUCUGAAGCUAAUCUGUUUUCAGCAAUUAAAUCCACCUUUCCUUACCUAAACUUCAAGAUAUAUAGGUUUGACUCAAACCUUGUUCAUGGGAAAAUUUCUAAGUCUAUUAGGCAUGCUUUGGAUCAGCCUCUAAAUUAUGCAAGAAUUUACCUUGCUGAUAUUAUUCCGUCCAAUGUGGGACGGGCUAUAUAUUUAGAUUCUGACAUUGUUGUGGUGGAUGAUAUUGCAAAGCUAUGGGAUGUGGACAUGGAAGAUAAAGUUGUGGCUGCACCAGAAUAUUGCCAUGCAAAUUUCACACAGUAUUUCACUGAUGCUUUUUGGUCAGACCAAGAAUUUUCAAAGACUUUUCAUGGAAGAAAUCCUUGUUAUUUCAACACAGGAGUGAUGGUGAUGGAUGUGGAUAAAUGGAGAAAAGGAGAGUAUACACAGAAAGUUGAGGAAUGGAUGGCUGUACAAAAGAACAAGAGGAUAUAUCAUUUGGGUUCUUUGCCACCUUUCUUGCUUGUUUUGGCUGGGAAUAUCAAGGCUGUUGAUCAUAGAUGGAAUCAACAUGGGUUAGGUGGUGAUAAUUUUAAAGGGAAAUGUAGGAACCUUCAUCCUGGUCCUAUUAGUCUCUUACAUUGGAGUGGGAAAGGGAAGCCGUGGUUGAGAUUAGAUUCUAGGAAGCCAUGUAACGUUGAUCACCUUUGGAAACCGUAUGAUCUAUACCGUUCAUCUAAGCAGUCGUUAGAAGAAUGA